AUGCAUGUUGCAACAGCACGGUGCAGCGCAACGAAGCACCAAGCCGGCUUUUUUAGAAGGUCGCUCGUCACUCGCAGAGCUUCCGAGCAGCGCCACCUGCAAGAAGAAGUUCACCGACAACAAGGUUUGCAAGACUACGAGCCAAAAAAAAGUUGCACCUUUGAUCAGUUCAUUGCCGGCCACGAUCACAAGUGCUGGUUCUCGGAAACGCAGUGGAGGAACCCCUGCAUAGAAAAGCCCGUCUCAGGGACCUGGACCACCGCCAAGAUUGAUCUUGGGCCAGAUGAGGCUGGAGCUUGCUUCAUCGUCCCGCCAGGCGUAUGCCCCGUGCAGGUUUGUGUCAAGAGCGGGAGCCCCAACAGUGCGGCUGGUCGAGCUUGCUACUCUGGGAAGCAAACAUGCGAGACAAACGGCGGUCCAUCAAAUGGCAAGGUGGACGAGACGGUUUGCACGAAGUGGACGAUGCUGAAUAAGUUCUGUGUGGUGAGCCUUGCAACCAACGGAAACAACCCAAACGAAAUCCAAGAUCUGAGCAACUUUGCCGUUCAGUGGGGCUGCUGCGAUGGGAGUGGAGGUGUAGUGGGAGAUCCGCACAUCCAUACCCUGGAUGGAAACGAGUUCGACCUCUACGACAAAGGAACUUAUUCGGUGUUCCACUACGGCGGUACCGGUGACAUCGAUUGGCAACUCUAUGCAACGUAUGGAGGCCCGCUCUGGACAGUCCAAGGCUUGCUCUUGGUGGAUCGAUCCAAAGGUCGCUUCCGACAGGCUAUGGAGCUGACGUCAGAGGACUGCCAGUGGCGCAGCAAGAGCGGGCAUAGGUCGUGGUCAGUCAUCGAGCGAAAUGCAUCGCUGUCCUUGCUGGAAGGGGGCGAGUACGUGACGGGCUUCGAGUAUGUCAACGAAAAGCACGUCAACCUUGGCAUGAACACCCCUCACGGCAAGAAAGACGUUCUUGUCCUCAACACAGUGUGCAUGAGCGGUGCCAUCAAUUUGCGGGUCUCCCCGCGGAAGGCCUUCGAAGCCAAGUUCCUGACGGGUCAAAUCCAAGCCGGCAACUCCAAAAGCCAGGAGAGGUUCCCAGUCGAGGAGAGCUGGCAAUCGCUAGGUGGGAGCGACAGCGCCGCAUCUUUCUUGAAGAAGAACCAAGAGGAGAAGCACUUGCUUGUGACCUCCUGCACUGGAGACGCUAAGACGAAGGCCGAGGACACCUGCGCGGAAUAUCUCGGCGAGGAGGCGCGGGAGUCCGGGAGUUUCUUCGACGAUUGCGUCUUCGAUGUGUGCCGAGGAGGGGAGUCAUUCGCAAAAGCAGCGGCAGAGCUGCGUUCACUCAUGUAG